CAUACUGAUUCGUCGUGCCAACAUCUCAUAUAAACCCUUCAUACCCCCAUUUCCCCUUACUGCGUUUCCCAUAUAUUAUAAACUCUCUAUCUCUCCUUCGCUGCCUUUUCAGCUUCAGAGGUUUAUUUGAUCAAGUCAUGGAUUUCAACCUCAUGAUGGAUUCAUCGUUAGCCCACAACAAUGCGGGAGCUGGCCGGGAAAUGGUUGCUCAGCUUGAUAAGUUUCCUCAACUCUCCGACGGGCUUUAUCAGGAAACUUCUGAAUCAUCGGAUUUGGAAUUCUCCGGUGGAAGCGCCUCCAGUUUCACGACCUUUCAGAAUCUUUAUGGCAACGCCGUAGCACCGGUUAAUGCUCAAGAGACAAAGCUCCCUCUCGUUUCUCAAAACAUGGAACUCAGUUUGAAUCAUGAUCCGAGUUUGUCAUUGCAGCAAAGGUGCUCGAUGGAAGGGAUGAGAGAGAUGAUUUUCCGGAUUGCGGUGAUGCAGCCAAUCCAGAUCGACCCGGAAUCGGUGAAGCCGCCCAAGAGGAGGAAUGUGCGGAUUUCUAAGGACCCGCAGAGCGUGGCGGCCCGCCACCGCCGGGAGAGGAUAAGCCAGCGGAUCAGGAUCCUGCAGAGAAUGGUUCCAGGUGGUACGAAGUUGGACACUGCUUCAAUGUUGGAUGAGGCGGUGCAUUACUUGAAGUUCUUGAAGAGGCAAGUGCAGUCGUUGGAACAAGCAGCCGCCGCUAACAGGCCGAUAAUGGGUGCUGGAUUGUUUCCGGUGGUGGGCUCUAUGCAAAUGCUUAGCUCAGAUCGAACUUGUUUCUUGGUUUGAUUUUACAUAUCCUUUUAACUUUCAGAUAUUUUUUCAGAAAAAAAAAAAAGAAAAUGUACUAGUUUUAAUAUGUUCUCUUUUCCGUUUUUCUUCUUUAACUUAGUCUUGAUUUGUUUCUUCGAUGGCUGUAGCGUGUGGCAGAGUAAAUUUAGUGUGGAUAAUUUUCCUUAAAGUUCACCAUGAUCAUAGAAUUUA